GGGGGCGCUGGGCGGUCGUUCGGCGCGGGAGUCUGGCGCAUGGCGGACGCGGUUUUGUUCGAGUUUCUGCACACCGAGAUGGUGGCGGAGCUGUGGGCUGCGGACCUCCACCCCGGCCCGGGGGGACAGAAGACCAGCCUGUCUGUCCUGGAGGGCAUCGGCUUCCGUGUGGGCCAGGCUCUGGGUGAGAGGCUGCCCCCGGAGACCCUGGCCUUCAGGGAGGAGCUGGAUGUCCUCAAGUUCCUGUGCAAGGACCUGUGGGUAGCUGUGUUCCAAAAGCAGAUGGACGGGCUCCGCACCAACCACCAGGGGACUUACAUCCUGCAGGAUAACAACUUCCCUCUCCUGGUGCCCAUGGCCUCCGGCCUUCAGUACCUGGAGGAAGCACCCAAGUUCCUGGCGUUCACCUGUGGCCUUCUGUGUGGCACACUGCGUACCCUGGGCGUCCAGAGCCUGGUCACCGCCUCCGUGAUCACCCUGCCUGCCUGUAGGUUCCAGGUGGUGAUCCUCAAGUCCUGAUGAGCCCAGGCUGCCCAGCCCCCCACCUCCCGGGAGAUGGUCCGGUCUGAGCCCAGCCAUCCAGCCCUGAGCUGCACAGGGGGGGGUGGGGUUCUUAGGGCUGCUGGUUUCCAGUCCCGGGGGCCCAUACAGUCGGGGCUGUUACCGAGGGACCUGGGUGUGUCAUGCUGGGUGGCAGGC